UCUCUGGCAGCGGCUCACGUGACGCCCGGGCCCGCCGGAUGUGACGUCUAACCGGAGGAGCCAUGGAGCUGAGUGAGCUGCUGUAUAACAAGUCGGAGUAUAUAGAGACAGCAUCUGGAAACAAAGUCAGCAGACAGUCUGUAUUAUGUGGAAGCCAGAACAUUGUACUCAAUGGCAAGACAAUAGUCAUGAAUGAUUGCAUUAUCCGGGGGGAUCUGGCCAAUGUUCGAGUUGGCCGACACUGUGUCAUCAAAAGUCGAAGUGUGAUUAGACCGCCAUUCAAAAAAUUCAGCAAAGGAGUGGCGUUCUUCCCGUUACACAUUGGGGACCAUGUCUUCAUAGAAGAGGACUGCGUGGUGAAUGCAGCCCAGAUCGGAUCCUACGUACAUAUAGGGAAGAACUGUGUCAUUGGCCGAAGAUGCGUCCUAAAGGAUUGCUGCAAGAUUCUGGAUAACACUGUUCUCCCCCCUGAAACUGUGGUACCUCCAUUUACAGUGUUUUCUGGCUGCCCUGGUCUGUUUUCGGGUGAGCUCCCUGAAUGUACGCAGGAACUGAUGGUUGACGUGACUAAGAGCUACUAUCAAAAAUUCUUACCUCUCACGCAGAUAUGAACAGGAAAUCUUCCUUUCCCACGAGCUGUUUACGUCAAUUUUUGUUUUUAUAUAUGUAUAUACAUUAACAUUUCCUGCAUUCCACUGGUCUGAAGCCCUAAUUCCCCUGUAACACUAUAUACAGUAUUUAUUUAUAUCCUGAGUCCUGCCCUCCUAGUUUGGUGACAUUUAUGAGAGUGUCCAGAUGACAGAAUUUUGCAUCAUCGCUGCCACAGUCCCCAUGUUUGCAUUGCCUUGCUGGGCAUGAAGUGCAAUAGAUUAACACUUGUCAUCUGAAUAAAUAUUUGCUUUCUGUAUGUAGAACUA